AUGGAAAUAGUGGCCAUGAUUCUGGCCGCAAUUGUCAUUCUGAACCUAAUUCUCGGUUGUAAAAGCAGGAGCAAGAGCUCAUCAUAUGCAAGGAAAACCCUGGCAAAAGGAAAACCUUCACCAAAGACGGCGAAGUCGUUGAGCACAUGUAGAGAGCCCGAAGCAAAUACUGCUCUAAGUAUGGACGAACAGAAGGAACAACCAACACCUUUAGUCUCAGAAGAUACUCAGUUGAAAGACGAGCCAGUGGCGAAGCAGUCAACAGAGGAGGCUGCAAAGUUGAAGACGGCGGAUGAUGGUAAGAAGAAAAGGCGGAAAUCAGAGGAAGGAGGAGCUAGAAAGCUGACCAAAAAGGAGAAGAAAACAAAAGGAACUCAGGAAUCGCCACCAAAACAAGCAGCUGGUAAAAAAGGACUAAAACCACCGAAACAGGCAAAGACGAAGAGAACAGUGGAAGGGCCAACGCAGGAGGUGGACUUGAAAGAAGACGGUGGACUGCAACCAGCAGGGCGAAAGAAGAGCGCAGCCGGUGUACCUCCUGCUCCUCAUGUAGGCACAUGA